GGCGAGUCUGGUAAAUCUACGUUUAUCAAACAGAUGCGUAUUAUACAUGACAAUGGAUUUUUGGAUGAUGAAAAACGAAGCUUCACUAAGUUGGUAUUCCGAAACAUAUUCCUAGCCAUACAGUCUAUGAUCAAGGCCAUGGAUAUUCUUGAAAUAUCCUAUGGGGUUGCCGAACACAUAGAACUUGCUGAUCUGGUGAUGAGCAUUGACGCUGAACAAGUUGCAACACUUGAGGAUCCUUAUUUAAGCGCCAUUAAAACUCUUUGGUCUGACUCUGGAAUACAGGAGUGCUACAAUCGUCGAAGAGAGUAUCAGUUAAUUGAUUCCGCCAAAUACUAUCUUAACAACAUACACCGCAUUCAGGAGCCUGAUUAUUUGCCCUCUGAACAAGAUAUAUUGCAUUCCCGUUCGCCGACAACUGGAAUACUACAGUAUAGCUUCAAGUUGCAUCCAUUUACUUUUAGAAUGGUAGAUGUAGGUGGGCAGCGCUCGGAGAGAAGAAAGUGGCUACAUUGUUUUGAGAAUGUUAGCCUUCUUUUAUUUGUAUCAGCGGUAUCUGAAUAUGAUCAAGUCUUGUUUGAAACCGAUCAUGUGAAUCGAAUGAAAGAAUCUAAAGCGCUAUUUAAGACAAUUGUUGAAAGUGAUUGGUUCAAAGAAUCGUCAAUUGCUCUAUUCCUCAACAAAAUCGAUUUGCUGGAGGAGAAAAUCGCGUACUCACAUUUAGUGGACUUUUUUCCAGAAUACGACGGUCCAAAAGGAGAUGCAAUUGCAGCCCGUGAUUUUAUUCGUCGCUCGAUGGUUGGUUUAAACGAAAAUAAGUUGAAGUAUAUCUAUUAUCAUUAUACCUGUGCCACAGAUACCGAAAAUAUUAAGAUUGUGUUCGCCGCUGUAAAAGAUACGAUUAUUCGAAAACUAAUUUCUGCAUUUCACUUUGGUUAAGCACUUUAGCAUGCUGUUAGGUAAUCGGGCUAUAUAACCCGAUCUUCUUAUGGUAACCUGUCUUUGAUCUUGUUUUUAUUUAACAAUUUAUUCAUAUGUUCAUCAAAUAAAGCAAAUGAAAUAAUGAAAAUUUAA